UGCGGCAUGCCGAGGCUGACGCUCCUGUGCGCGGUAGCGGCGCUGCUUCUGGCGGCUGGCAGGGCCAUCCCGCCGCCAGAGGAGGCAGCGCGCAUGGCGCGCUUCGUGCUGCACAACUGCGACUGGGGCGCGCUGGCCACGCUCUCCGCGCAGGAGGGGCUGCGCGGCCGCCCCUUCGCUAACAUCUUCUCCCUCAGCGACGGCCCCCCCGGGCCGCUCGGCGGCAGCGGCGUCCCCUACCUUUACCUGACCGACAUGGAGAUCUCCGUGCAGGACCUGGAGAUCAAUUCAAAUGCCUCCUUGACUGUGUCUUUGGCGCAGACUCCUUACUGCAAGAAGCACCAAUAUGACCCCCAGAAUCCCCUUUGUGCUCACGUAAUCUUCUGUGGGAGUAUUGUGAAGGUGGAUGAUUCAGAAGCAGACAUAGCCAAAAAAGCAUUAUUCAGUCGCCACCCUGAGAUGGAAAGUUGGCCUAAGGAUCAUAAUUGGUUCUUUGCCAAAUUCAACAUCACCAAUAUCUGGGUGCUGGAUUACUUUGGUGGACUGAAAAUUGUGACGCCAGAAGAAUAUUACAGCGUCAAGCCUUAG